UUGACAUUCUAAAUUGUUUUGUGUCUACAGAUUGUAGUAUUUUACCGGUUUUUUUACAAAUUUAAUAUAUUAAUACAUAUAUUUCGUUAAAAUUAUAUUAAUCAAUAUGUCGGAGGAGAACGAAACAACUACAGCAACUAACGAAGAAAUGGAUACUGAGAACGAUUCUGUAACAGUAACAUUAAAUGAUGUGUUGGAAUUUGAAAAUGAGCUGAUCGAAAACACAGCUGCUGUUCUUGGGGCAGCAAAUGAUAAAACAUGCUCCUAUGUUGAGGGUUACAUCAAGAGACAAGCUUUAUAUUCGUGUCUCACAUGCAUCCCUGAAGCUAAAGAAGAUCCAGAUAGAGGAGCUGGAGUAUGCUUGGCUUGCAGUUAUCACUGUCAUGAUGGGCAUGAACUAGUUGAACUUUAUACUAAGAGAAAUUUCCGAUGUGAUUGUGGUAAUAGUAAAUUUAAUAAUGUUGUAUGUAACUUAUUUACUGAUAAGAGCCUGGUAAAUGAUUUGAAUGCUUACAACCAAAAUUUCUCUGGGUUGUAUUGUGUUUGUCACCGCCCUUUCCCUGAUAUGGAGGAUCCAGUACCUGAUGAGAUGAUACAAUGCAUUAUUUGUGAAGAUUGGUAUCAUACCAGACAUUUAGGUACUGAAGUACCAUCGAAUAAUUUUGCAGAAAUGAUUUGUGAAUCUUGUGUAACUAAACAUGAUUUCUUACUCAAUUAUGACAGCUACAGCAUGGUUAAGCCUGCUCGUAUUACUGAAGAAACUAAUGUAGAUGUAACAUCUGAUACUAAACAACCUAUUGAUGAAAUAAAGACAGGUGAAGAACAAACAAAAAAUGAAAAUUCUGAUUAUUGCAAAAAACCAAAACAGAAGUCACUGAAAGUUUGUGCCAAAUUUUGGCCAAAUGUAAACUGGCGUAAAGAACUUUGUACAUGCGAUGACUGUUUAAAAAUGUACGAAAAUGAGGAUGUCGCUUUUCUACUAGAUUCCGAAGAUCCGGUACAUUUAUACGAAGAAAAAGGUAAAGCUAAAGCUCAAGAAGUAGCUGAUGAUCACCUUCAACAACAAAUGAAUUCAAUUCCCAGAACUCAACUUAUAGACUGCAUAGCUGGAUACAAUGACUUAAAAGAGAGACUGGGAGAAUACCUUAAAAAAUUUGCGGAAAACAAGAAAAUAGUUAGAGAAGAAGAUAUUCGAGAAUUUUUUGAUGAGAUGAACGCUCGUAAAAAACAACGAGUCAAUCAAGUUGAAGUUUCCCAUUUUUGCCGUUAAUUAUUUUUACUUAAUAUGUAUUAUACAAAAGUUCUAUUGUAUGAAUUAAUAGUUCAUUCUUUAACGGUAAAAUAUUGCAAAACCUCUAAAUUUUAAAGAACCGCUUGGAUUGACAUGAAAUUUGGCAUACACACAGCUAACAAGUCAAAGAAAAAAAGUGAUAUUGUGCCGAUAUGUGCUUUUGCCCUGGGGGUGGUUUUCACCCCCUCUUGGGGGUUAAAAAAUAUUCGUCCAAAGAAAGUCAGGAAAUGGGUAAACUGGCUAAUUUUAAGUAACUUUUGUUCUAUAGAGUUUUUUCACUAAGUCGAUACUUUUCGAGUUAUUUGGCAGUGAAUAUGUUCAUUUUUUCAACAAAAUAACCACGCUUUUAGACGGUUUUUCGCAAAUGACUCAAAUAGUAAGUAUUUUGUCGAAAAAGCAUUCUUAGCAAAAAUAUAGCCUAUAAAAUUUUUUAAAAAAUGGUGUAUAUAUCACGUCUUUUUAUUUAGUAGAAGCAGAGUUAUAGCUAAUGAAAAAUAGGUUCAAAUUCGUCAAAUUCCAAAUGGAAUACUUUAACGUGAAAUAACCAAAAAUGAACCACAUUUCGGGGAAAACUCAUUACAACUUAUUUAAAGUGUUUAAAAAAAGCUUCAUUUUUGUUUUAAAAAAAAAUAUUCUAGCAUCAAAAUUAAACAAGUUACGCUCAAAAUAAAGUUAGUCCCUUUUGGUUUUGGUAAAAAAAUCGAGAAAAUCACCCCCUAAUUAGUAUCUUAAAUGAACUUAAUCGUAACGACUUCACAAGUUUCUGACUCGUGUAUAUAUUGUUUAUAUGAUCUGUAAGUUUCAUCGGUUCAAAGUCCUUAUUAUUGAAAGGGCUGUAGUUAAAAGGGGUUGAACGAGUCACUGAUCACGAAUGUAUGUAAAUUUAGAAACAACAAAUCUUGAUCAAUUUUUGUCUAACAGAAAAACAAAAAAAUACAUGAUAUUGAGAAAAGCAAAACUGUCUUUUUUUGUUUCGAGAUUUUUGGUAUCUCUAACAAUUUUUAAGUUAUUUUGAAAAAAAAGCAUAUUUUUCAAAAUUUAAAUUUUUAAAAAUUUUACUUUGAAACCAAAUUUUUUCAAAAAUAAGCACUUUGAAUCGAUGAAACUUACAGAUCAUAUAAACACAAUAUAAGUAAAAUAAUUUGUGGAGCGGCAACGAUUAAUUUCAUUUAAGUUGCUAAUUAGGGGGUGGUCUUCCCGAUUUUUUUUUGCAAAAACAAAAGGGACCAUCUUUAUUUUCAGCGUAACUUGCUUAAAUUUAAUGCUAGAAACUUUUUGUAAAAACAAAAAUAAAGCUUUUUUUAAACACUUUAAAAAAGUUAUAAUGGGUUUUCCCCAAAAAGUGCUUAAUUUUUUGGAUAUUUCACGUCGAAAUAUUCUAUUUGAAAUUUGGUGAAUAUGAAUCUAUUUUUCAUUGGCUAUAACUCUGGUUCUACGAGAUCCAGAGACCUAAAGCGUACACCAUUUUUUUUUUACUUUUUUAUAGGCUAUAUUUUUACUAAGAACGUUUUUUUCGACAAAAUACUUACUUUUUGAGUUAUUUGCGAAAAACCGGCUAAAAAUGUGGUUAUUUUGUUGAAAAAUGAACAUAUUCACUCGCAAAUAACUAGAAAAGUGUUGACUUGGCGAAAAAGCUCUAUAGAACAAAAGUUACUUAAAAUUAGUCAGUUUACCCAUUUCCGGACUUGUUUUGGACAUAUAUUUUUUCACCCCCAAGAGGGAGUGAAAGUCACCCCCAGGGCAAAAGCACACAUCGGCACAAUAUCACUUUUUUUCUUUGACAUGUAAGCUAUGCGUAUGCCAAAUUUCAUGACAAUCCAAGCGGUGAAGCAAAAACCGUGAAAGAAUGGACUAUAAAUGUAGCAGUAGCUUAUACAGGGUGUCCAGAAACUCUACCGACAAACGAAGACAGGAGAUAUUUCAGAUAAUUUAACCCAAUUCACUUAGUCCGAAAAUGCUUCCUAAGGGAGCUAGAGCUCUUUGAAGAUGGCGUCUUAUAAUUAGUUUUUCUUAAAUACCUCCAGAAAGCUUCUAUUUAAAAAAACAAAAAUUGGUACGCGUAUUUAUCUACAAGAUAUAAAUCUAAUCCAUCCAUUGCAAAUUUCUAGUACCGAUCAUAGGCGUCCGUUUUGGGUAGGGCAACGGUUAUUUUAUCGCAUAACUUUUUUAUCUUUAACUUUUAUGCAUUUCUGACACUGGAUUAUGAAAUUGUGAAGUAUUCUAGUACUAAAAGGUACUCUUGUUUUAAAUCGGUAGGACACGCCGUUUUCUAGAAAAAUCGAUUUGAAAAUUUUUCGCUUUUUAAAUAAAAAAUUCAAACAAAAAACUGUUUAGAAAGACGAAAACUGGUACAUUUAUUUAUAUUCCAGAGAUAAAUAGUACUGGUCAUAGGCGUCGGUUUUUGGUAGGUCAACAGUUAUUUUAUAGCAUAACUUUUUUGUCUUGAAUUUUUGAGCAUUUUUGACACUAUAUUAUUAAAUUAUGAGGUAUUCGAGUACUAAACAUUACUCUUACUUUAUGUUGGUAAAAUACUUCGUUUUUUGUUGCAAAGUUCUUUCAAUUUUUUUUCAAAUUCCAAAAACGAAAAACUUUCAAAUCGAUUUUUCUAGAAAACGGUGUGUCCUACCGACUUAAAGCAAGAGUACCUUUUAGUACUAGAAUACCUCACAAUUUAAAAAUGCAUAAAAGUUAAGGACAAAAAAGUUAUGCUAUAAAAUACCCGUUGCUCUACCCAAAACGAACGCCUAUGACCGGUACUAGAAAUUUACAAUGGAUGGAAUCGAUUCAUCUCUGAAAAGUAAAUAUGCAUACCAAUUUUCGUUUUUCUAAAUAGAAGCGUUCUGGAGGUAUUUAAGAAAAACUAAUUUCAUGACGCCAUCUUCAAAGAGCUCUAGCUCCCUUAAGAAGCAUUUUCGGACUAGGUGAAUUGGGUUAAAUUGUCUUAAAAUUAUCUGAGGAAUCUCCUGUCUUCGUUUGUCGGUAGUUUCUGGACACCCUGUACAGUCAUCAUCAUCGUCAGUAGCUCGACAACCCUUUUUGGGUCCUGGUUGUUCUAGGAUUUUCCGCCAUUCUGUUCUGUUCCUUGCUUUGUUUUUCCAGUUGGUAAUCUCAAGUGAUUUGAGAUCUUGUUCCGUGUAUCUAAGUUUGGGUCUUUCCUUUGACCUUCUCCCUACUGGUGUCUGCCUCAUUAUAUGUUUUGGUAUUUCAAUCUCCAGAUAGUUUUGUAAUAUAGGAUAGGUUUCUUUGGCCUGUCAUUUGCUGGCCUUCAUGUAUUUGGUUAUUAUUUCAUUAUUAUUUAGGCCACUGUUUUGUGCCGCUCUUUCUAUCACAUUAAAUGCUUCUAUCAUCUCUUUCGCUUCAUCUUGGCAAAUGCCAAUAUUUGUACACAUUUUGUUAUUAUUGUUCCUCUGGUGUUGACUUUUGACUCUCUAAUUAUUUUCUCUAAUGUGAUGUUGAAUAGAAUAUAUGAUAGGGUAACUACCUGUCGUAGGCCCGUUCUAACAUAGGUUGUAUAGAUUGUAUAAAAAAUAUAUUCACUGUUACCUAUAAUAAUUACACUGCCCUGCAAAAAAAUGUUCUUAAAUGUUUCCUUCACGUCGUGAAGUUGUCUAUACUAAUUACACUGCCCCGCAAAAAAAAUGUUUUUAAAUGUUUCCUUCACGUCAUGAGCCAAAAUAAUUUUUAGUUGAUAAAAACCAAUCAUCAUCAUCACCAUCAUCAAUCAGUCCUAGUGAUGUAAGAAGAGAAUAUUUUCAAGAGAAUAUUCUCUUGAGAGUGGCUGCAUUCUUAAUCGUGCUAAGACGAUACAUAAAAAAGAAAAAUGGAAAAUGUGGAUACGGCUUUUCUUAGUAAAUGCGAAACAAUGAGUAAUCUGGUUAACUGUAAAGAGACCGAAAGCAGUAGACCGAACUCAUUAGACUGAAAAGCACUUUACUGAAACCUCACUAGACAGUAGGAAACCGAAAAGCAGGAGACCGAAAAGCAUUAAGUACAUAAUACAGGGUGCUCAAACAGGAUUGUAAUCUGAGCAAGGGUAACACCAACCUCCCUUCACCCUUUAUCCAUAACGGUUGUUGUCAUAAUCAUUAAAUUCAAAUUAGAAGCAAAUCAAAUUUACCCUUAAUAUCUUUUUACCUUCACUAAUUUGUUUAACGGAUGAAAAUUAUUUCGUAUCAGACUGUACAGUACAGUAUUGUACUGUACACAGCCUACACAGGGUGUUUGGUAAAGAAUGGGCCAUAGCUUAACCUUAGAUUCCUGAUCUUAAAAUAGGCCGAUUUAAGUUAACUUACCUUAGUACGAAAGUUGAUAAUAAACGAAAUAAAGGGUGUCAAAGUUAAACUUUUAUUUUAUUUAUUCUUGAAUAUUUCCUGACAAUCAUGGGAUAACAACACGAAACUUGGUAAGUGGUGAUGGUACUGUACACCUUACUAAAUUAUGUUAAACAAACGUUUCUGGCUACUACCAGAGGCGUACAACGGGGGAACGUGAAUGGUUGACCCUUCCCAAAUUCUACGCCACUGGUGAAAUAGCUAUUUUAGCAUAAUUUUUAGAUUCUUCAAUACUUUCUAUGUAAAUAACAUACUCUUCAUUCGUAACGAUAAAGCCAUUAGUUUUCGAGAUAUUUGAAGCUAAAAACGAAACAGCAUAAUACAUUAAUCAAAAUAAGUGUGCCUUUUAAUUUUUAACUUCAAAUAUCUCGAAAACUAAUGACUUUAUCGUUACGAAUGAAGAGUAUAUUAUUUGCAUAGAAAGUAUUAUAGAAUCUAAAAAAUAUGCUAAAAUAACAGUUUCAUCAGUGGCGUAGAAUUUGGAAAGGGUCAACCAUUCACUUUCCCCUAUCGUACGCCUCUGGUAUUAACCAGAAACGAUUAUUUAACAUAAUUUAGUAUGGUGUACAGUACCUAAACUCUCUGCCAAGUAUCAUAAAGAUAUGUCAAAUAGUUUUAUAGUACCGGGCACACAUAGUUCUUACUUACUUAGAUAAAAAAUAAAUUAUUAAAAAAAAAAGAAUACUUUAAAAUAAUUUGACAUAUCCGUGUCAUAAUUGGCAGAAAGUGUAGACACUAUACACCUUACUAAAUUAUGUUAAAUAAUCGUUUCUGGUUAAUACCAGAGGCGUACGACAGGGGAAAGUGAAUGGUUGACCCUUCCCAAAUUCUACGCCACUGGUGAAACUUCUAUUUUAGCAUAAUUUUUAGAUUCUCCAAUACUUUGUAUGCAAAUAAUAUACUUUUCAGUCGUAACGAUAAAGUCAUUAGUUUUCGAGAUAUUUGAAGUUAAAAAUGAAAAGGCACACUUAUUUUGAUUAAGGUAUUACGCUCCUUCAUUUUUAGCUUCAAAUUUCUCGAAAACUAAUGGCUUUAUGGUUACGUAUGAAGAGUAUGUUAUUUACAUAGAAAGUAUUGGAGAAUCAAAAAAUUGCACUACAAUAGAAAUUCCGCCAGUGGCGUAGAAUUUGGGAAGGGUCAACCAUUCACGUUCCCCCGUCGUACGCCUCUGGUCGUAGCCAGAAACGUUUGUUUAACAUAAUUUAAUAGGGUGUACAGUACCAGCACCACUUACCAAAUUUCGUGUUGUUGUCCCUUGCCUGUCAGGAAAUAUUCAAUAAUAAAUAAAAUAAAAGUUUAACUUUGACACCCUGUAUUUCCGUUAUUAUCAACUUUUGUACUAAGGUAAGUUAGCUUAAAUCGACCUAUUUAAACCUUAGGAAUCGAAGGUUAAGCUAUGGCCCAUUCUUUACCAAACACCCUGUAUAUAAAAUAAUACAAAAAAAAACAAUAAACAAAAAGACAUACAUAAUCAAAAUCUUAGCAUAAUUUACUGCAAUCUUUUUUAAUUUAUGUACGUACCAUUUCAGUCUAAUGCUGUUUGGUCUAGUGAGGUUUCGGUAAAGUGCUUUUCGGUCCAAUGAGUUCGGUCUACUGCUUUCGGUCUAAUUGUCGUGUACCGAGUAAUCUAACUAUGGAAAUAAUGCUAGACAAUUAUUUGUUUAAGAAUUUUACAAGAAUGUCAAAAAGUGAUUUCAAACUAUUAAUAAAUAUGAUAGGGCCAAGAAUAAAGAAGAAAGAUCAAACAUGAGAAACGCAAUACCAAUCUUAUCAAGAUUAGCAGUUGUUAUUUAUAUAUACUAAAAGUUUUAGCUUAAUGUAUUUAUUCAGGGUGCCCUACUCUUCCAUUUGUCUCAUAGUUCCAGAAGUAUGCCAAGUUCCACAACUCUGGAUGUAAGUGUACUGCAUUAAUAAACCUCAUUGUGAUUUCAUUUCACCGCAUAUUCAUCUUUUCUUUGUAUGUUUUGAAAAAACCAAAUUAAAUUUCAACAGAGUACAUGAAAUAAAGAGGAAAUACAGAGCAAUAUUGUUCAAAUACCAGUAAGAUUUCGGCCACAUGGCUCAGCCAAACGGCGAUAUUUUCAUUAGAUGGCUGUAAUGUUGCCAGAAACCUACCAAAUACAUAUUUUCUGCAACAUAUUGCUUCAAAAACUAGUCCUUUAGACGUAGACCAAUCCAUGACUGAGCUGGCGACUCGUGAAAAAUAAAAUCCCACAACUUCUCAUCAGUGUAUUGAAAUGCAGAAUGUAGAUGACCAGGAUGAGGUAAUGAUAGAAAUAGAUUCUGAACCUGAGGCCUCAUAUUUUUCUGAUUAAAUCACCACAUCCAUUACUUGCAUUAUUUGUUGUUAAGAAGAAACUUUCACUUUUUUAUCAAAUAAAUUUUGUGUUCUCUGUUGUUUUUGUAUAUAAUUUCAUGAUUUUUAAUACCCUAUUUCAUCUUCAACAAUAUCCCUAAGUGCGUCAUAGAGUUCAUUCUUACAAAAUUCCCCAUAUCGAGAAUAUUCUCUGAUUUUUCAUUCUCGAGAAUUUUCCAACACUAAUCAGUAAUGCUUUGUUUAUUGUUGAACAUAUUUGUUGUUAUUUGUUGAACAGGCCUCCUCCAUAUAUUUCAUUCGUUCUUAUUAUAUUCUGCGCCUCUUCUAUCCUCGCAUCCGGCUGUAAGCUACUGCACGCAUCUCUAUUUAGACUACAACUUUUAUAUAUUACAUUUAAGUUUGUUACGUAUUUGAUAAUAAUAAACAAUGAAAUACUUUUGCUUAUUAAUUUAUACUUUUGAAGGUUUCCUCGGUAUAUAGUGUACUCUGUAUUUUAGAUUUUUUUAAAUGAUAUAGAUCAUUUAAAUGAUUUAGAUCACAGCAAAGUAUUUCAGUGUUGAGUAUGACUUAAUUUGUUAUCAGUAUACAAUAGUCAAAAUACAGUACACGAUAUAUGUAUUUUAUAGAAUUCGGCAUUGUAACGAGAUAAUUAUUACUAAGCUAUUUAUUAUUUUGAUCUUAUCUGUAUAUCUGAAAUUUAUUGUAUUUUUCUUGAUUUAAACUUAUUUAAUACAGUAGAAGUUAUCUGCUCUAUAAUAUCUAAAAUUAUUUGUGUAAUAACCAUUUCAAAUAUAUUUUUUCAAUGUC